AUGGCCACCAUCACCUGCACCCGCUUCACGGAAGAGUACCAGCUCUUCGAGGAACUGGGCAAGGGAGCCUUCUCAGUGGUGCGCAGGUGUGUGAAGGUGCUGGCUGGCCAGGAAUAUGCUGCCAAGAUCAUCAACACUAAGAAGCUCUCGGCCAGAGACCACCAGAAGCUGGAGCGCGAAGCCCGCAUCUGCCGCCUGCUGAAGCACCCCAACAUUGUCCGGCUCCAUGACAGCAUCUCCGAGGAGGGACACCAUUACCUGAUCUUCGACCUCGUCACCGGCGGGGAGCUGUUUGAAGACAUCGUGGCCCGGGAGUAUUACAGUGAGGCAGAUGCCAGUCACUGUAUCCAGCAGAUCCUGGAGGCCGUGCUGCACUGCCACCAGAUGGGGGUGGUACACCGGGACUUGAAGCCGGAGAAUCUGUUGCUGGCCUCCAAGCUCAAGGGUGCCGCGGUGAAGCUGGCGGACUUUGGCCUGGCCAUAGAGGUGGAGGGGGAACAGCAGGCAUGGUUUGGGUUCGCAGGGACACCCGGAUACCUCUCCCCAGAAGUGCUGCGGAAGGACCCGUAUGGGAAGCCUGUGGACCUGUGGGCCUGUGGGGUCAUCCUGUACAUCCUGCUGGUUGGGUAUCCCCCGUUCUGGGAUGAGGACCAGCACCGCCUGUACCAGCAGAUCAAAGCCGGCGCCUAUGAUUUCCCGUCACCAGAAUGGGACACCGUCACCCCGGAAGCCAAGGAUCUGAUCAAUAAGAUGCUGACCAUCAACCCAUCCAAACGCAUCACGGCCGCUGAGGCCCUCAAGCACCCCUGGAUCUCGCACCGGUCCACCGUGGCCUCCUGCAUGCACAGACAGGAGACCGUGGACUGCCUGAAGAAGUUCAACGCCAGGAGAAAACUGAAGGGAGCCAUCCUCACCACUAUGCUGGCCACCAGGAACUUCUCUGGCGGGAAGAGUGGAGGAAACAAGAAGAAUGAUGGUGUGAAGAAAAGAAAGUCCAGUUCCAGCGUUCAGUUAAUGGAAUCUUCAGAGAGCACCAACACCACCAUUGAGGAUGAAGACACCAAAGUGCGGAAACAAGAAAUUAUAAAAGUGACAGAACAGCUGAUUGAAGCCAUAAGCAAUGGAGAUUUUGAGUCCUACACGAAGAUGUGUGACCCCGGGAUGACAGCCUUCGAACCCGAGGCCCUAGGGAACCUGGUCGAGGGCCUGGACUUCCAUCGAUUCUAUUUUGAAAACCUGUGGUCCCGGAACAGCAAGCCUGUGCACACCACCAUCCUGAAUCCCCACAUUCACCUGAUGGGUGACGAGGCGGCCUGCAUCGCCUACAUCCGCAUCACGCAGUACCUGGAUGCGGGCGGCAUCCCCCGCACGGCCCAGUCGGAAGAGACCCGCGUCUGGCACCGCCGGGAUGGCAAAUGGCAGAUUGUCCACUUCCACAGAUCUGGGGCGCCCUCCGUCCUGCCCCACUGAAGGACCAGGCUGGGGGCACUGUACCGCAGAGAUCCACCGUUCGUCCGUGGAAUGUGGCUGC